CCAGUGCUUGAUAUGAGAGAGAAGGGCAGCCUUACGGAAGUCCAGACAUGUACCCAGCCUGGCACAAGUGCCUGUAAGUAAGGCAGCUCAUCUGCAUACCAAAUGAGAGUGACACUUGGGAUCCACCUCUUGGCAGUAAGCAACACGGCUCAUCUCAGGUAACUCCCUCCCUCACUUUGUAAGUCAGAAGCAGGAAGAGCUCCUUUAUUCUUCUCUGAUAGCAUCUGAGCAGGAGGCAGAGAGCCAGGCUGCCUUUUUGGUCAUGACUUCGGAGAAAGACCGGCAACUUGGGAGCUUAACUGUCUUCAAUAAGGAGGAUUUUGAAGAAGAUUGGAUUAAAGUGGCCAGUGGAGGCUUUGGGCAUGUGUACCAAGUCAAGCAUAAGAGGUGGAGAACGGUUUAUGCCGUGAAAUGCUCUCCGUACCUGCUACAGGACUCCAGCGUGGAAAGGACCAGUAUGAACUGUCUAAUGGAAGAGGCAACCAAGAUGGAGAAAAUCAAAUUCCAGCACAUUGUCACUAUCUAUGGCAUCUGCAACAGUCCUUUGGGGAUAGUGAUGGAAUAUAUGGCGAGAGGGUCCUUGGAGAAAAUUCUUCCCACUCACAAAAUGUCAUGGCAGCUCAAAUUCCGGGUUAUCCAUGAAAUGGGCUUGGCUAUGAAUUUCCUGCAUAGCAUGACACCUCCUUUGCUGCACUUAGAUCUAAAACCAGGGAACAUUCUCCUAGAUGGGAAUAUGCAUGUCAAGAUCUCAGACUUUGGGCUAUCAAAAUGGAUGGAGCAAUCUAGCCGAAUGCAAUAUAUUGAAAGCUCUGCUUUGAGAGGCACUUUGAGCUACAUCCCUCCAGAAAUGUUUCUCCAGAACAGCAAGCCCCCGGGAAUCAAAUAUGAUGUGUACAGCUUUGGAAUUGUCAUUUGGGAGGUACUUAUGCAGAAGAAACCUUAUGCAGGAGCCAACAUGAUGGCCAUUAUAGUCAAGGUUGCUGCAGGAAAGAGGCCCUGCCUAGAACCCAUCAGCGAUGACUGGCCAGGGGAAUGCCAGCAGAUGGUUGACUUAAUGAAGAGGUGUUGGGAUCAAGACCCUAAGCAAAGGCCAAGCUUUACAGAUAUCCCUGUAGAAACAGACAUGCUGCUGUCACUGAUACAAAGCCUUGUAGUAGAUCCAGAGAACGAGCGCCUUGUUAGAAAGAUGUCCCACAAGCCUGCUAUCUCCGCGAACCAGCAGAGUGACAAAGAAGAGUUUGCCUUCCCCCAAGACACCAGAAGUGGUGAAAGUGGUAAUCAGGAGGUUCGUAUCCCACCUUCUUACAGUCCAGAUGACAUCCUGUCAGAGGAAAUCUGUAGAGUCCAUGAAAAUGGCCUCACAUUGCUUCACCUCAUGGUGAUCCAGGGAAAUGUGGAAAAAGUGAAGUUUCUCCUGAGCUGUAAAGCUGAUGUAAACAGCCAGGUAGUCUGUGGCUAUACCCCACUCAUUAUGGCUGUUCAGAAGAGGUCGCCAGAGAUCUGCUCAGUUCUGAUAGAGCAUGAUGCAGACAUCAAUAUGCCUGAUGAUGAUGGUUGGACACCUCUUCACUUUGCUGCUCAGAAUGGGGAUGACAGAAUCGUACGCCUCUUGCUGGACCACCAGGCACAGGUAAAUGCUCAAGAGCAUGAUGGGUGGACCCCUCUGCACUUGGCAUCACAAAACAACUUUGAGAAUGUGGCCCGAGUGCUGCUAUCUCGCCAGGCUGACUCCAACACCCAGGAGGUUGAUGGGAAAACUGCCCUCCAUGUGGCAGCUUGCUUUGGACACGUCAGCUUGGUGAAACUGCUUGCCAGUCAAGGAGCAGACCUGGAGAAAAAACAGAAGAACCAUAGAACCCCACUCCAUGUUGCUGUGGAGAGGGGGAAGUUCAGGGUCGUCCAUUAUUUGCUGAAGAACGGGACCUCCGUCAACACCCUGGAUCAAAAUCAUUACAGUGCCCUGCACCUGGCUGUGGUGAGGGGGAAGUAUCUCAUCUGUGAGAAACUCAUCAAAUAUGGAGCUAAUGUGGAGCUAAGAACAGACAAAGGUUGGACUCCCCUGCACCUGGCUUCUUUCAAAGGACACAUUGAAAUCAUCCACCUGCUAAAAGAUAGCCAUGCCAAACUGAAUGCCAAAGGAAGCAUGGACUGGACACCACUUCACUUGGCUACUCGCUACAGCGAUGAGCCGGUAGUCUGUGAGCUAUUGAGGUGUGGGGCAGAUCCCAACAUCGCUGAGAAGUCAGAGUGGGCCCCCCUCCAUUUUGCAGUCCAGCGGGGCUCCUUUUUGACUGUCAUCAAUCUUCUGGAGUGCAAGGCAGAUGUCAAUGCUAAGAACAAAAUGGGUUGGACCCCCUUGCACCUUGCUGUCCUCAAGGGCAAUAUGGCCAUCAUAAAGACCUUGAUUAAGGCUGGUGCUCUGCUUGACGUGGAAGAUAUCACUGGCUGUACAGCCCUCCAGUUGGCAAUUAGACAUCAGAGAGAAAACAUCAUUACGCUGCUUCAAGGCCAGAACUCGUUGAUGAAUAAAUCGGGGAAUAGGACCCUGGUGAAUGAUGCUAAGAUUUCAAGACCCAGAUUUGUUCCGGGAAGGACAGAUUUGUAGAUUAAUCAAGCCUGGCAUUUAUGAUUUGACUUUUCCAAUAUCAGGUGGUAUGCCUUAAACCAGCAUAUCCUGUCACCUGGUGAUUACAGGAAAAUAACUUUUUUUUUUAAACAGAACUUUCUAAGCACAAACACUAAAAGAGUAAAAGAAAAUGCAGCUGCAGAAGGAAGCUGACAAGCUAUUUUCCAGUCUGACCAAGCUUGUGGAACAUUUUGGCUUGGUGAUGGUGGCUUUAGGCAAUGCUUUCGUGUUUUAAUAUUUACUGUGCAAGGAUGGAAAUGGAUAGAUAUAUAUACUCCCUUUUCAUAUCCGCAACGCUGAAUCUGUGCACAGGAAUCCAUCCAUACAUGUUCUCCACAGAGUUUCUUGGGUUUAUUCCAUGUUUUCCUAUAGAGCAGAUUAGUGUAAAACAGCCUUGCCACAGGUGGGCAUUGAAUCAUGAGAUUCUCACCUGCUGCUGGAAAUAGACACUAAGCAUAUGGUACAGCAAUGUGUCAGAUUCUCUUGCACCUCAUUUUUGUAACAAAAAUAAAAUAAAACAAGGAAGGAAGACAAAACCAGUAGUAGAAAGUAUGUAAAUGGAUACAACACAGAUAAAAGAAAUUCCAGAAUAAUACCUUGCCAUCCCUUCAGGAAAAAGGGAGCCAAGAGCUUUUUUCCUAAGCAUUCAAAUUACUUAUUUACUGCCUCCACACCUCAGCCUUUAAACACCAAGGCUGUCAUUAGAAAGAUGGCCCUAAGGAUAAGCUGAAAAGCACGUGCCAUUCUGAAUCAUAUUCCCUGCCAUGAGGGCUACCAAUGAUCUCCAGUCUUAACUGCAAAAUGUUGCUUUGGGAGUUUCAUAGACUGAUUGAAAGAGUUCCUACUUAGAAAACCAGCAUCUAAUUUGGGUGACCCCAAAUUCUCAUAGCCUUUUUUUUUUUUUUCAAGAGCACUGAGCAGCUGGGAAAGUUAGCAGGUAUUUACUCUGUGGAAACAGACAGGUGGGGCUUAUCACAGUCAGCUGAAUGUAUUAUCUUAAAAGGCUCGUCUCUAAGAGCCUUCAUGUAGUCUUUGAGGAGAUGGGGUCUUCUGGAGAGCUGUGAUUAAGGUAUGGAAUUCAGUUCUCUAGAUUCAAUCUUUUCUGCUGAAAAUAUGCUGCUGUGGAUGAGUAGAGCAGGCUUUAUGACAAAUGUGUCCUAUUUUUAUGUAUGGUCCUAUUUGUGGGGAUUGUUUUUAGAGGUGAAGAAUCAGGGAAAUUGCUCAACAAUAAGUUAGGUAGCAGCACAGAUCACUCAGUAUGCUGGCUUGAGAGCAAAGGAGACUUUCUAGCCCCAAAGAAGUUGUUACUUAGCAGUUGAGACACAAGAGUACUGGCUGUCUUCAGGUCAAGGUUUAAGUUAUGUCUCUGCUGGGAAAUGAUUCUUGAUCUCUAUCAAGAAGACGUUCUAGAGCCUGAUUACUUUUCUGGAGAACAUAUGGUAUUCAUGGAUUUGAUUCUUUUGUCAUAGUAAGUAGUACUUUUGUGCAGCUUGUGACAAUCCUACCACAAUUUACUAAAUGCUUCCAAAAUGUGCCUGGGAUGAUGACUUUCUUUCAUCAUCUUAGCUGGAAAGGUGCUGCAAUGUAAACAAAUAAUCUGUAGCUCUGCAGGGGAGAAGAUGCAUCUUCCCUGCUGGACAUUAUUAGCUGGGAGUCAUUAUUUCAGCAAGUGUUGCUUUUUAUCCUUUAUAGAUGGAGAAAUAGAAAUGUCUGUGCGUGCAGUGCACUUCAGGUCCCAGAAAGCAAGCCAAAGCGAUAAUGCAAACAUAAUUUGCUUCCUGGAGUGAGAGAAUGGUGGGCUCCAGACAAAUAGGCUUACUGGGUCUGAACAGAGAGCUGGUAAAGUUCCAGUGGCUGUGCUUGGGCUGAAAAGAAACUUGACUGUGCUGGAGACUGUCUCCUCUAGCUGAACAUCAGUAAUUGUUCUUGUUUGUUCUGCUGGUAUUCCAGCGUCACCUUUAGCACUUCAGCCAUUCAGAAACGUUGUACUGGUUCUUUACCUCGUGUGAACAAGAGUGAAUGCCACAUGAAAGAGAGCUCUGGCUAACGACUACAAUUGCUCUAGUGCAGGGAGGUUCUGCUCAGUGGCUUCCUCUAGACUUGGUGUGUCUAAUGUUUAUUGCCUGGGAAAAGCUGGCAGUUUUUUGAUUACCACAGAGCAGAACAUCAGGUUUAAAAUGCCCUAUGAGAGCUAAGCUAUUUUGUGAUGUGUGAGUCAUAACUAUAUUUCAUUGUGUAAUACAGCAUGUUUUUCCUUAGAUUAGCUUUAACCCACUGAAGUUCUCUGGACUACGCUAAAUAAAAGAUCAGGAAGGAUGAUUGUAAUGACAAUGCCUGCUAUUAAAAAUCUCUUAGUCA